AUGGCAAAGCAAGCAUGGUACACCAUUACAUCUGAGACCAUCAAACAUUGCUGGGAUCACACCGAAAUUCAACCUGAUCCAGCAGUCAGUCUAGACUCGAGGCCGCAUGUCAAUCCUGCCACUUGGAAUAUUGUCCACAAGUUUGCAACCACCAAAAUGUCCCUUCCCAUGGUGGAAAAUGACUUGAAGGCUCAUCUUCAUGAACACUAUGUCGAUUCUGAUUGUGACACAGAUAUUGCCUUGAAUGCUGUCAAUGCACUUGCCGAAGCUGCAUUUUGUUGUACUGGACUUAAAAUUUGUAUUCCCACGCAUCCACAGCAAGUUGCAGCUGACCAACUUUCAUCCAUCGAAGCUGACCUUAUGCAAUCAGUUAAUGAUCUCAAGGCACACAAUCACAUUUUCGGUCAAUUGCCAACUCUCGAGGAACUUUUGGACCCUACUGAGGAGAGAGAAGUGGGAGAAUACCCUGCAUUUGAAGGUGGUGACAAAGCCAUUGCAGAUGAGUGGCCACAUCAAUCACAUGGACAAAUCUUCUCAGCAACUUGAAGUUGGAUGCAUGCAAUAUGGUGAUCCACAGUUUUCACUCAACUUAUCAUCACAACUUCACCUCCCUAGAACAAUUUUUCGCCAUAUAAUUAGCAGAUACUCUAGGUAAUUUGAUGUCACACUUUGGCGGAGGUCACAUUGUGUCAUGAGAAUGU